AUGGCGGAACUCUUCCUCCUGCUUGUCUGGACUGUGGAUCUACAGGCUGGGCGCGGCGUUGUCUCCCCUUUGCUUUCUGCAGAGAUGUCUGAGGAGAAGCUGCCUUCUGAGGAUCUGCCUGUCUCUGUGCUGCUGCAGAGGGCUAACUUCGGCCGGAUACAUGCUGCUGAUGAGCCCCCCCUGGUGGACGAUAUCGCCAUGGCCUUUGAGAGAGGCAGAUUCUCUGAGCCCUGCAUGUCCCUAGGAUGCAUAUGGCCCAAGUCCAAGAAUGGAAAGGUGCAGGUGCCCUACUUCAUCAGCAACGACUUCUCUUCCUGUGAGAAGUCCAUCAUCCAGCGUGCCCUGGACUCCUUCAGCUCUAACACCUGCAUCCGCUUCAAGCUCCGCCAGAGUGAGAGGGACUACAUUGGCAUCUACUCCAGAAAUGGGUGCUACUCCUACAUAGGCCGUCGCGGUGGUCAGCAGGUUGUGUCCCUGAGCCGUAACGGCUGUUUGCACCAUGGCACCAUCCAGCACGAGCUGCUCCAUGUGCUGGGCUUCAACCACGAGCAGGCGCGCAGCGACCGCAACAAAUACAUCCGAGUGAUUUGGGAGAACAUCAUCGAUGACAAGAAGCAUAACUUCAACAAGAUGAAAACGCUUAACCAGAAUAGCCCUUAUGACUACAACUCAGUAAUGCAGUACAACAGAUUCGCCUUCUCUAAGAACAGGAGGCCAACCAUGGUGCCCAUCCCCAACAAUGACAUGGAGUUUGGCCAGGCCACUGAGAUGAGUGAGAAUGAUAUCAUCAGAGUGAACAAGCUUUACAAAUGCCGCAAAAGAAAGUGACAAUGAAAAAGUUGCCUGUGAGCCUUCAGAACAUGUGAAGACAGGGUGGCUCCUUCUGUUGGGCGUUUACAUGAAGAUUUCAAUCUGGUUCUCUUGGUCAAUCAAACCACAAACCAUGAGCGAUAUGUCUGUUGAUGACUUAUU